GAAACAAUUAAAACAAUUUUCUUAGGAUGUGUGAUUUGCUGACCGAGAAUCUUCAUGAGCUGAUCAACAAAGAAGAGUAUGAAAAUAAGAAGUUAGUCAGAUUGAUUGAUUACGAGAAAGAAAAACAAACAACUCUCCAGAAUCAGAUCAAUACACUGAAGAGUCAGACAGGUGAAACAGAGCAACAGAACGCUCUACUCAGCCGGGAAGUUCAGGAUGUGGAGAGACAGGUCACUGCUAAUCAGUCUCUAAUUGUCACGUUAACCUGCGCCAACAAGAUGUCCCACCAGCAUGUCAGUGAAACAUACAAGAAGCUUGGCCGGCUACAAGAGGAUGGUAAGAAGCGAGCUGAUCAGUACGAGAAGGCCCUGCAACGUUACCGUGAUACCUGGGCCAGUCACCAGAAGGUAUACUGUUCCUUUCCUGGGGUACCACAGAUCAUGUUGUUGGAGGAUGAGGUUGCAGCUCUUAGAAAUAAAGUUCAAGAACGGGAGGAACAGUUAAAAGGGAUCAGAGAAAAAAAGGAAGAAAUGAAGGAGCUGAGUAUUAAAGAUUGCGAUGAACGAAAUGAUAAUAAGAGAAAUUCGAUGAUCGCUGAUCAACAAGAACAGGAUGAAGACGCUGGCAAUUCAUCUGAAGUAGUUGAGCAAAUUACAGUUUGUGAGAUCUCUAUGGAAACAACUGAGAGGAUGUGUGAAGUGAAUGAAUCGAAUCAGCAUGAUGGAACAAGUCAAAAUAAUGAGGAAGAAAUGGAUACAAUUCAAGGUAAUACGAUAGCUGUAGACGAUAGGAAAGUGAUGGACAGUGUUUCUGAAAAAAUGAACGUUCAAAGUAGUCCUUACUUCAGUAAUCCGCAAACUUCGGAAAAAGAUGACCUCAUGCAGGGGGUAGGAAAAGAGCCAGCAACUAUUCCGCUGCCCUCCUCCACACCUUACAUAACCAGCAGCAUACCCUCGGCCAGUCCAUUCAACAACCUCUCUCCUGUCCUACCUGACCCAGUUUCUUCAGAUUCCAAUACGAUAGUUCCCUCACCAGCCACAUCACCAAACCUUUCUUCAGCAAAAGUUACCAACCCAGGGAUGGUUACAUCAGCCUCGGUUACAAGACGUAGCGUUCCUAGUUACAGGAUUAACACUCUACAGAAACCCUCUCUCCCUGCAUCCCCUAAAGUACUGCCAGUAAAGGUCUUUGUACCCAAGUUGUUGAAACCAGCGUCUCAUGUCUCCUUUUGUCCUUCACCCAAACUUAGCAAACCCGCCCUAGUGGCCUCGCCCAAACCUCUUCCCAGGCCUGUUUCACAGAUACCUGUACCAACCACACCUAAUUCAUCGUCAUAUAACACAGUGGGAGUCACAACACCCAAGUUAACUUCACCUAGGGUGGUGCAGACUCCAAGACCUGUCACCACCUCCAAAGUAUUCAGCUCUCUUAAACCAUUUAGUUCUCCUAAACCUCUGAGCAAACCAAAACCAGUCCAUACUCCAAGACCUCUUAGCACCCCAAAACAUCUUAGCACCCCAAAGUCAUUUACUACUCCGAAGACUUUUAGCACUCCCAAUUCAUCCAGCACUCCAAAUGUGUAUGUUACUCCGAAACAUAUCUCCACAAAGAAUGUUCCUGACCUUGCUUCCGCUAACCCUCCUAAAUUUGCUGGUUCCCAGCGAACCAAAAAUCCGAGUAAAGAGGAAUAUUUUACUCCAGUUGCAGUUGCCCCAACAAAUAAUAAUGAUGUUCAAGAUACUAGUGUUUACACCACUCCGGCAAAUGCGACGUCCACUGAAAAUACUAAAGCACAGGAUGCUAGUUUUACAUUUGACCAGUUUGCAACAGCACAAGCCGGGGAAUCAAUGUUUGAAGCUGCAGACUCGACUGGUGACCAGUUUAACUUCGGUUUCGUUGAGUCAGAGUCCGCUUCUACCUCAGCUUUCGGUAUGUUUGGUGGCGCCGAGGAUUCCUCAGAUUUUGGCGGAGGCUCAGGUUCCAGUGGCGGAAAUUCGACCGGAUUUGCCUUCAGUUUUGGGGAAGAAGACUCCGGCAACUCAUCGGAGAACAAUUGCAAUGCACUUUUUGGUUGAAAGGGUUUAUUUGAUAUUACCAUUACAAUAUUGUAAAAUUAUGACGUGAAGUUAAAUAAAUAUGUCCAAUUUAAUCAUACUACGAAGGAACGACCACAAAAAGUUUAUUUACUAGACAGUUCAUUAUAUUAUAUAUACUUUUACAAAAAUGUUUAUAUUAAACAAUUUUCAGUUGAUUGAA